CCUGUAGCCCGACCUCUUCUCAACUUGCAAUAUGCAAACGACAUCUUCGUCCAUUCAGCGCUUCAAGUCAGCGACACCCAAAUGACUACCCAGGACCAAUAUGUCCUAGUAACAGGUGCAAACAGCGGUCUAGGCCUAGGAAUCUGCUGCCGUCUGAUUGACGAGUAUCUCGCGUCUGCUGACAGUCAUGGCACGUUGACAAUCAUCUACACGACACGCGGUCCACGCAAGGGCGCCGAAACGCUCUCCUCGCUCGAGAAGCACCUCGCACGGCAUGGGCAUGGCUCCCACAACAAAAAGUCCGAUCGUAGGGUCUGUUUCCAACCCGAGAAAGUCGAAUUGACCUCUCUCCUUUCGGUGCGCGCUCUGAGCCGCAGACUUCUCGAUCUCCCUAUCCCUCAUCUCGAUGCGAUCGUCCUCAACGCAGGUAUCGGCGGCUGGUCCGGUCUCAACUGGCCCUUGACAUUUUACAACGUCUUGACAGGCAUAAGACAAGCGACGACAUGGCCGACCUUCAAGUUGGGCGUGGUGGGAUUGGUGGCAAGGACACAAUUCCUACCCAUGUCAAAAGCUGCGCACGAAGAGCCGGUCUUGGGUGAGGUGUUCUGCGCAAAUACCUUCGGACACUAUAUCCUGGUCCACUGGCUGAUGCCAUUGAUCCGCGCAUGUCCUUCGGGCUCCCCGGGCAAGAUUGUAUGGGUUUCGUCCAUCGAAGCCUCGGCGCACCAUUACAACCCGGACGACCAUCAGGGGCUGAGGUCAGAAGCAGCGUACGAGCACACCAAGAGGCUGACCGAUCUUAUGGCAUUGACAGCUGUAAGUCAGCCUGCGACAGCGGCGUCGGUCAAAGAAUACAUCACCCCUUCUCCAUCGAUGGAGUUGGCGCUGUGGUCAAGGACGCCGCAAUCAGAACCGAGCUUCCUGGUCGCACACCCUGGAAUAUGCACGACCACAAUCAUAAGCCUAUACUGGAUCGUCCAUCAAUGCUAUCGUCUGGGCAUCUAUCUAGCGCGCUGGUGCGGGUCGCCGUGGGCAAACGUGACUAGCUAUCUGGGAGCAGCAUCUGUGACAUGGCUUGUCCUUGCAUCGCAGGCCGAGAUCAAUGCGAAAGCCGCGGCCGCCGCAGGCAGUCCCGGUGGACCAUGUAAAUGGGGAUCCGCGUGUGAUCGCCUAGGUCGAUCGUCGGUUCGCGUGUCUGACGUCGAAGGCUGGGGUAUCAAUGGGACAGGGAAGCCAUUCAAGCACAAGUGGUGGGGAGGCAACCUGGGCCGCAAAACGGGCGCCGUGGAUGCGACACACGAGGACGUGGAGAAUUUCAUUUCUCAAGGCGCUGAAGUUUGGAAGAAAAUGGAAACUAUGCGGAAGGAUUGGGAGGCCAGGAUCGAGCAGUAUGAGGACCCAAACCAGUUCUGAAGGUGAGCAACGACAGGUGCCAUAGACAUGUUCUUCAUGAAGGUCUACGCAAGCUUGCUCGAGGGUGUGAAAUGAAAUAUCCCUCAGCCUAUUCCCACGACACUGCAAUCGUGAUAUAGUGACUGGUAUCAUUGCAGAUCUCGUCCGAAAGUGUUCUCCGGCUGAAGCC